GCCGCAGCCGCUUGGCUCUCCUCCAGCCUCGCGAAGGGCUGGGCUUUUCAGAGGCUUGGCGGGAAAAAGCUGAGGGGGAGGGAUCGAGAGCGGCAGUAUAAAAGUCGAUCUUCUGGGCUUUAUCUGACUCGCUGUAGUAAUUCCAGCGAGAGGCAGAGGGAGCGAGCGGGCGGGCCCUCCGGGGUGGACGAGCCGAGGGAGCACAGCCGCGCGCCGAGCGCCCUGGGAAGGAGACCCGGAGCAACAGCGGCUUCGCCUCGGGCCCCGCCGCUCUCCCCGCCCUCCCGCUGACCCCACCGUCGGCCCGCAGCCCUCGCCUCGUCCGAGAAACUUUGCGCUUUGCAGCGGGCAGACACUUUGCCCUGGGACUUACAACACCCAGCGAGAACGCGGGAGGCUAUUCCUUCUAUUUGGGGACACUUCCCAGCCUCUGCCGGGACCCACGCCUCUGAAAGGCGCUUCUCGCCGCCGCUGGAAGGCUGGAUUUCCUUCGGGUCGUGGAAAACCCAGCCGCCGUCACCAUGCCCCUCAACGUCAGCUUCGCCAGCAGGAACUACGACCUGGACUACGACUCGGUGCAGCCGUAUUUCUAUUGCGACGAGGAGGAGAACUUCUACCAGCAGCAGCAGCAGAGCGAACUGCAGCCGCCGGCGCCCAGCGAGGAUAUCUGGAAGAAAUUCGAGCUGCUGCCCACCCCGCCCCUGUCCCCCAGCCGCCGCUCCGGGCUCUGCUCGCCCUCCUACGUGGCCGUCGCGUCCUUCUCCCCCGGGGGGGACGACGGUGGCGGCGGCGGCAGCUUCUCCACAGCAGACCAGCUGGAGAUGGUGACCGAGCUGCUUGGCGGCGACAUGGUGAACCAGAGCUUCAUCUGCGACCCGGACGACGAGACCUUCAUCAAGAACAUCAUCAUCCAGGACUGCAUGUGGAGCGGCUUCUCGGCCGCCGCCAAGCUCGUCUCGGAAAAGCUGGCCUCCUACCAGGCUGCGCGCAAAGACAGCGCCAGCCCGAGCCCCGCCCGCAGCCACGGCGUCUGCGCCACCUCCAGCCUGUACCUGCAGGACCUGAGCGCCGCCGCGUCUGAGUGUAUCGACCCCUCGGUGGUCUUCCCCUACCCGCUCAACGACAGCAGCUCGCCCAAGCCCUGUACCUCGCCGGACUCCUCCGCCUUCUCACCGUCCUCAGACUCUCUGCUGUCCUCCACCGAGUCCUCGCCACGGGCCAGCCCUGAGCCCCUGGUGCUCCGCGAGGAGACCCCGCCCACCACCAGCAGCGACUCUGAAGAGCAAGAAGAUGAGGAAGAAAUUGAUGUGGUCUCGGUGGAAAAGAGGCAACUCCCUGCCAAAAGAUCGGAACCUGGGUCACCCCCUGGAGGGCACAGCAAGCCUCCCCACAGCCCCUUGGUCCUCAAGCGGUGUCACGUCUCCACCCAUCAACACAAUUACGCUGCGCCCCCAUCCACGAGGAAGGACUAUCCCACUGCCAAGAGGGCUAAGUUGGACAGUGGCAGAGUCCUGAAACAAAUCAGCAACAACCGCAAGUGUGUCAGCCCCAGGUCCUCAGACACAGAGGAGAAUGACAAGAGGCGGACACACAACGUCUUGGAACGUCAAAGGAGAAAUGAGCUGAAACGGAGCUUUUUUGCCCUGCGUGAUCAGAUCCCAGAGUUGGAAAACAAUGAAAAGGCCCCCAAAGUAGUAAUCCUUAAAAAAGCCACAGCCUACGUCUUAGCUGUCCAAGCUGAGGAGCAAAAGCUCCUCUCAGAAAAGGACUUAUUGAGGAAGCGGCGAGAACAGUUGAAACACAAACUUGACCAGCUACGGAACUCUUGUGCAUGAGGCGACCUGGGGAACUGGAAUCGCGUGGGGUUCUCCACUCCUUGCAGAGGGACAGUAAGGACAGAGGCUCCUGUCGCCAGGACUGUGGCAGUUACAUACAGACUCAUAUGGAAUGCAUGGUCGGUAACAACCUCACAACCGUGGCUGAGUCUUGGGACUGAAAGGUUUAGCCAUAAACUGCCUCAAAUAGAACUUUAGGCAUAAAAGAGUUUUUUUAUGCUUGACUUUUUUUUUUCCUUUAACAGAUUUGUAUUUAAGAAUUGUUUUUUAAAAUCUUAAAUGUUGACCAACUUUCCCUGUGUAAAUAUGGUUAUUAAAUGUAAAUAACUUUAAUAAAACGUUUAUAACAAUUAUACAAGAUUUCAAACAUGUAUUAUAAACCAUAAUUUUUUUUAUUUAAGUACAUUUCCUUU